CCCUUGUAAAAUGCAAAGCGCCUUGCCGUGCUCUGACUCCUGCCAACGGAAGGGUUCAGUGCCAAAGUGAAAGGCUUCCUAAAAAUGGGCUGAUCUCGGGAGGGGGGAGAUUUAGGAGCUAUUGAGAAACAAGGAAAGACAAACAGCGUUAGGUCAUUGUUUCUGCAAACACAGCCAAGGCUGUUUCUCUAUAAAAGAGAGAGAAAGCAGUUCCAGAGCCAUUACAGACUUAGAGGGGACAGUCUGUGACCAAGGCUGCUGCUCCCCCUCCUCAGCACCCGACUUCUGCUCAAGUAUGAAACUCGUACUCUCCACCGUGCUGUCCUUCGGGAUAGUGGCUCUGUGUUUUGCUGCUCCCCCGAAGACAAACAUCAAGUGGUGCACAAUAUCUUCAGCAGAAGAGAACAAAUGCAAUAUCCUGAGGGACCACAUGCAACAAGACAACUUUGCAUUGAGUUGUCUGCAGAAAGCAACAUACCUCGACUGUAUAAAAGCCAUCUCGAAUAACGAAGCAGAUGCCAUUAGCUUGGAUGGAGGUCAAGUUUUUGAGGCAGGCCUUGCCCCCUACAAGCUGAAGCCCAUUGCUGCCGAGGUCUAUGAACACAGUGAAGGCUCCACUACUAGCUACUACGCUGUGGCUGUCGUGAAAAAGGGAACAGACUUCACAAUAAAUGAAUUGAGAGGAAAGACCUCCUGCCACACAGGCCUGGGCAGAUCUGCUGGCUGGAACAUCCCAAUUGGGAUCCUCACCCACCGCGGGGACAUUGAGUGGGAUGGCAAAGACUCAGGCUCCAUUGAGCAAGCCGUGGCCAAUUUUUUCUCUGCCAGCUGUGUUCCCGGUGUCACCACUGAACCCAAACUGUACCGUCAGUGCAAGGGGGACUCCAAAACCAAAAUGUCCCGCACAGGACCUUAUUCUGGAUAUUCUGGAGCUUUUCACUGUCUGAAAGAAGGAAAAGGAGAGGUGGCUUUUGUGAAACACACAACUGUUCAAGAAAAUGCCCCAAAUGAGAAGGAGGAGUACGAGCUUCUGUGUCUGGAUGGCACCCGCCAGCCUGUGGACAACUACAAAGCCUGUCACUGGGCCAGGGUUCCUGCCCACGCUGUGGUGGCUCGAGAUGACAACAAGGUCAAUGACAUCUGGAACUUCCUCUCCAAAGCACAGGAAAAAUUUGGUGUGGGCACAACCAGCACCUUCCACCUCUUUGGGCCACCUGGCAAGAAGGACCCAGCCCUCAAAGACUUGCUUUUCAAAGACUCUGCAGUUCAGCUGAAGCAGAUCCCAUCGUUGAUGGAUGCCCAGCUCUACCUGGGCUUUGAGUAUUACAGUGCCAUCCAGAGCCUUCAGAAAGACCGCCUGACCCCCAGCCGCAGAGGGAACAAGACCCAGUGGUGUGCAAUAGGCAGGGAUGAGAAGAAGAAGUGUGAUGUCUGGAGCGUGAUGAGCAACGGGGAGGUGGAAUGCAUCGUGGCAGAAGACACCAAGGAAUGCAUCAUGAAGAUCAUGAAAGGUGAAGCUGAUGCCAUCAGCCUGGACGGAGGCUUUGUCUACACUGCCGGCAUGUGUGGUUUGGUGCCAGUGGUGGCAGAGAGCUAUGAGGAGAACCACUGCAGCGAAUCAGAAGAAGAACCAGCAACCUACUUUGCUGUGGCUGUUGUGAAGAAAUCUGACAGAGAUAUCACCUGGAACAACCUGCAGGGUAAGAAGUCAUGCCACACCGCCGUGGGGAGAACCGCUGGCUGGAACAUCCCAAUGGGCCUGAUUCACAACAGGACAGGGAACUGCAACUUCGAUGAAUACUUCAGCCAGGGCUGUGCUCCCGGAUCUCCUCCCACCUCCCGCCUCUGCCAGCUUUGCAAGGGUUCGGGGGGGGUUCCACCGGAGAAGUGCGUUGCCAGCAGCCACGAGCAGUACUAUGGAUACACUGGAGCUUUACGGUGCCUGGUGGAGCAGGGGGAUGUGGCCUUUAUUAAGCAUUCUAUCGUUGAGGAGAACACUGAUGGCAAAAGUAAAGAAAGCUGGGCCAAAGAUCUGAAAAUGGACCAAUUUGAGUUGCUGUGCACUGAUGGGCAACGGGCAAAUGUCAUGGACUACAGGAGGUGCAACCUGGCCAAAGUUCCCACCCACGCUGUGGUGACACGCCCUGAAAAAGCAAGACAAGUCCGUGAGAUGCUGGAGAAACAGGAGAGACUGUUUGGAGCAAAAGGAAUCAAGAAUAAGGAUUUCAAUAUGUUUGCAUAUGAAACCAAGGAUCUUCUGUUUAAAGACUUGACCAAGUGCCUGGUGAAGCUCCGUGAUGGAAUAACAUACAAGGAGUUCCUCGGAGAUCAAUACUAUGCUUCACUUGCCAGCCUCAACACCUGCAAUCCAUCAGAUCUUCUCCAGGUGUGCACCUUCCUUGAGGACAAAUAUGCUGGGGAAACGAUUGGACUCAAUGGCCGUGGAGGGCUUUUCCCACCCCAACCAUUCCAUCAUUCCAUGUUUUUCCGAGCUCAACAGCCCCGCUCCCCCGGUGACUCUCAGUCUCUCAGAGUCCCCGCGGCAACUACAACUCCCAUGAGACCCCGCACCCACCCUUCCUCCGUGCGGCGGAGACGGAAGCGGAAGUAUUGUGCGGCCACGUGUGCGGCCAUGGCGGGCGGGCUGGAGCCGGAUCUGGGGGCACUGCGGCGGGAGCUGAGCGGCCCUGCCGCGCUCUCCGUACUCAUCGCGCUCAUCGCCGUCGCCGUCACCUUCCUGAUCUGGCGGUUCGUGCAGGGCAGGAGGAGCAGCAGGAAGGCCGUGCUGCUGCUGGGCCUCUGCGAUGCGGGGAAGACGCUGCUCUUCGCGCGGCUGCUGUCGGGCAGAUACCGGGACACCCAGACCUCGAUCACUGACAGCUCAGCCACAUACCAGGUCAGCCGGGACAAGAGCACCAGUGUGACCUUGAUUGACCUUCCAGGCCAUGAGAGUUUGAGGCUUCAGUUCUUGGAGAGGUUCAAGGCUGCAGCCAGAGCCAUCGUGUUUGUGGUAGACAGUGUGGCCUUCCAGCGGGAGGUGAAGGAUGUGGCAGAGUUCCUGUACCAGGUCCUGAUCGAUGGCACCGUCCUCAAGAAUGCACCCGCGCUGCUCAUCGCCUGCAACAAGCAAGAUGUCACAAUGGCAAAAUCAGCAAAACUUAUUCAACAGCAGCUGGAGAAAGAGCUCAAUACCUUACGGGUAACCUGCUCCGCAGCCCCCACCAGCCUGGACAGCUCAGGGGGUCCUGCCCAGCUGGGCAAGAAGGGCAAGGACUUCGACUUCUCCCAGCUGCCCAUGAAGGUGGAAUUCGUGGAGUGCAGUGCUCGGGGCAGCAAGGGAGAGGAGGGAGAUGCUGACUUGGAGGGCCUGGAGAAGUGGCUGGUGAAGGUCACCUGAACGGAGAAGGGCAGGGCUGGGGGGCAGGACACUUGGGGGCUGAAGGGAAGUAGAUGGUCUGGAGCACUUCUCAUUGGCUGUAGAAAGAAGGAACUGUGGCUAGAAGUCAGCACUAUGGGAGAUGUUUCCAGUUUGUGUCUCAUUGCACAUUGCAGUGUCCUGCUGCAGGGACAUUUUCCCUUUAUUUUUAUGGCUUCCUGUUGUUUUAGAGUUGAGGGAGUGGCUGGCUCCCUUUUUGUCCUUUGCAGACCCCUCCUCUCCAGUUUGGUGCUUCCUCCAUCGUUCAGCUCAUCUGUUGUGUUCUUUUCUUUCUCUGGGGCUUUCCCUGCCUCCCUGUAGCAUUACCAAGUGUUGAGAGGAGCAGGAACAGCCUUCACAAAGUCCUGUGCCCAUAACAAAGCUGAUUCUUGCAUUUCUAGUCUCGUGAACCCAGUGGCUCUUCCACUAUCCAUGCAGAAGGUGGGGAGUGUUAUAUUUACCAAGGAUGUUAUAUUCUUCUAUUUCUUGCAGCCAGAGUCUUGUCAGAACAUGUUUGUCAUGCUUUGAGCUCCCUUAGCUGGAGAUCCAAGGCUGCCAGCUUCAAAUCAAUGGUGGUGAAGUGGUUUGGGGCAAAAAAUUGCUGUUUUUUUGGAUGGUUGUUCUUCUGAAGAUGCAUCUCCUUGAAAAGUAGAGGCCAAGCACCAGCCUCUGUGUGAGGGGAUGGAAAGGUACCAACGAGGCCACGGUUGCUUUUAAAUUAUUCUUUUUUAAAGUAUUCCUGAAAUAAAUUUUUUUUUUGCUUAAAUGUU